AUUGCGCACGCAUGUGCGUUCAACAUCUGCAUGUGGUAGGCUAAACCAGUAAGGCUCGACCUCCAAGCGCAACUUUCUACGGGAUGUAUGGCUGCAUCUCUUUUGGAAGGUGUGGGAUUGACUCUGCUCCUCACUCUGUUUGAAGUGUUACCGUGAUGCGUGUGUUCAUUUUUUUCUCCAGUAAAUUGGCUACUGGUUUUGCUUUCGCUAAAACAUGCGUCAAUGUCGCUACAUUUCUACGGAUUAAUGCAUACGCAAAAUAUUGAUACGUUCAACACAACGUGAAUAUGGAUUUUAUCUUUGUUUCAAUACUUUUUAUAUUUAUCGACGCGAUUUACGCAGUGUCCCGCUAUGGAAAUCUCCAACCAUACAUGCCCAACGUGUGUGCAGAGCGGGAAGUGAUGCUCGUUGCCCAAAGGCAGCCCUGUGUGCAGGCCUUCACACGUAUGGUCAAGGUCUGGAAGCAAGGCUGCCUAGGACAGAACUGGUGCAUGGGAUACGAGAGAAGGACAGCGUAUUACACAGCAUACAGACAAGUCUACAGACAAGACUACCGGACGGUUUGCAAGUGCUGUCCUGGAUGGUCUCAACUCAACGGAGAGGCUGGCUGCUUGUAUCCGGUGUGCAGCUACGGCGUGUGCUUCAACGGGGGCCAGUGUCGACAGGGAUCCCGCUCCAGCUCCCAGCUCUGUGAUUGUCCUGCUGGCUUCAAUGGGCCCAGUUGCCAGUAUGAUGUAAAUGAGUGUGAGGAGACUAACGGCGGUUGUGAGGCUCUGUGCUGCAACACCAUCGGCAGCUUCUACUGCAAGUGUCCUUCUGGUGAGCAGGUGAAGGACGACGGCAGGACCUGCCAAGAUAUUGAUGAGUGCCAGGUCCACAACGGGGGCUGCCAGCACGGUUGUGUGAACUCCAGGGGCUCCUAUCACUGUGAAUGUAACCCAGGCUCUCGACUCCAUGUGGAUGGACGCACCUGCAUCGCUGUCCAGUCAUGUGGAAUCAGUAAUGGAGGAUGUGAGCAUUUCUGUGUACAGCAGUCCCCUGCUGCCUUCCGCUGCCGCUGUAGAGACAAAUAUGUGCUGGCUGAAGAUGGCAAGCACUGCAAAUUGGAGAAUCCAUGUCUAGAUAAGAAUGGUGGCUGCCAGCAUGACUGUCAUGUUGAUCGUGGCAAGGCCCACUGUGAAUGUAGAAGUGGGUACAAGCUGGCAGAGGACAGGAAGACCUGUGAGGAUAUUGAUGAGUGUGAGUCGGAGCAGACGGGCUGUGCUCAUGGCUGCCAAAACACCCUGGGCUCCUUCGCCUGUGUGUGUGACACUGCCUACGAGCUGGGAGCAGACGGACGCCAGUGCUACCGAAUUGAGAUGGAGAUCGUCAACAGCUGUGAGAGCAACAACGGAGGCUGCUCCCAUCACUGCCAGCACUCCACCGGCGGCCCUGUCUGUAGCUGUAACCAGGGUUACCGACUGGAGGAGGACCUCAAGACCUGUGUUGACCUGGACGAGUGUGGAGAGGGAAGCUCCUGCUGCGAGCAGGACUGUACCAACUACCCUGGGGGCUAUGAGUGUUACUGCACAGCGGGGUACCGCCUCAACUCAGACGGAUGUAGCUGUAAUGAUGUGGAUGAAUGUCUGGCGGCUAACGGUGGCUGUGGUCACAUGUGCCAGAACACCGCCGGCUCCUUCCAGUGUUUCUGCCGCCGAGGCUUUCGUCUGGACGAGGACCGACACUCCUGUGAACCGCUGGAGAAUACAGUUGAGGCCCUGUAUAGUGGGGGCCAGGAUGCCGUGUGGCCCCUGCCUCAGCCUCAGCUCACCCUGCUGCAGAACUACAACCAGCCCCUGGAGCGCUAUGAUGACUAUGAGGAUGACGACACUGGAGAGCUGCUGGCUGAGAGCAUGUUGGCAGAGAAAUUUGUGUGUCUGAACAACACGUUUGGCAAUGACUGCAGUCUGACCUGUGAAGACUGUUCUAAUGGAGGGCUGUGUGGCCCAGGGAGAGAUGGAUGUCACUGUCCCGAUGGAUGGACAGGCCUCAUCUGCAACCAGACUUGUCCUGAAGGAUCCUUUGGCAAGAACUGCUCAUUUCCCUGUAAGUGUAUGAACGGAGCCACCUGUGAUCCUGUUAAUGGGAACUGUCGCUGCCCACCUGGCGUCAGUGGAGACAUGUGCCAGGAUGGCUGUCCUAAGGGCUUCUAUGGGAAACAGUGCAAUAAGAAGUGUAACUGUGCCUGUAACGGGCGCUGCCACCGCACCUACGGAGCCUGUCUGUGUGACCCUGGACUCUACGGGAGGUUCUGCCAUCUACCAUGUCCCAAGUGGGCCUUUGGACCGGGCUGUUCAGAGGAGUGUCAUUGUGUCCAACAGAACACUCUAGAGUGUCACCGUCGCCAUGGCACCUGCGUCUGCAAGCCCGGUUGGCAAGGCAAUGCAUGCAGGGAAGAGUGUGACCCAGGCACGUUUGGCCCAGGCUGUGAGAACAAGUGUGAGUGCCCGCUUGGACUGUCUUGUGAUCAUGUGACUGGGAAGUGCCAACGUCUGUGUCCGGCUGGUCUCCGUGGUGACACCUGUGAUCAAGCCUGUCCAGAGGGGAGGUUUGGGCCAGGCUGCCCUCAGGCCUGUGACUGCUCAGGGGCUCCAUGUGACAGAGUGAGCGGCCAGUGUCUGUGUCCUGCUGGAACAUCAGGAAAACGCUGUGAGAAUUUGUGUGUGGAGGGAUCCUGGGGCGUGGGCUGCCAUGAGGCCUGUCCAGUCUGUGAGAAUGGAGGAGUGUGUGACAAGCACAACGGAACCUGUUCCUGUCCUCCUGGGUACAUGGGCAGGCUCUGUCACAACUCAUGUCCGACGGGACGGUUUGGUGUUGGAUGCCAGCUGCGCUGCGUGUGUGAAAACAGCGGGCGCUGCCACCCUGUCACGGGCCGUUGUACUUGUAACCCUGGCUGGGCAGGACAUAACUGCAGGAAAGCCUGUGACUCUGGGCGCUGGGGACUGGACUGUGCUGAGAAAUGUGACUGUACGAAUGGGGAUGGCAGCUGUGACGCAGUGACGGGCCAGUGUAACUGUGAGGCCGGCUACACAGGGACACAAUGCCAUGAAGAGUGCCCAGUGGGGUCUUUCGGUCUGGACUGUCGGCAUCACUGCCAGUGUGACAACAAGGGGUCAUGUGACCAUGUCAGUGGAGCAUGCACCUGCCUGGUGGGCUGGACUGGAACCUUCUGUGAGAAACCCUGUCCCCAGGGCUUCUAUGGGGCAGACUGCCAGGAGAAGUGUGUCUGUCUGAAUGGAGGUCACUGCAACCAUGUCACUGGGACGUGUGUGUGUCCAGCUGGUUGGAUCGGUCCCACCUGCAAACUGACAUGCCUGGCUGGUUUCUAUGGGGAGGGAUGUAACCAAACCUGCGGUUGCCAUAAUAAUGGCAACUGCCACCCGGCGAACGGGCAGUGUGUCUGUACACCUGGCUGGUCAGGGCCCAGCUGCUCACAGGAAUGCCCAGUGGGCUUCUAUGGGGCGGACUGCCGUCAACACUGCCUGUGUCAGAAUGGAGCCAAAUGUGACCGAAUCAGUGGGCAAUGUACCUGUGCCAACGGGUGGAUGGGCGCAGCCUGCGGGCUAGAGUGUGUAUCAGGGCGGUUCGGGGCCGACUGCCAGCAGCAGUGUCAGUGUGAGAAUGGGGGCCACUGCGACAGACAGACGGGUCAGUGCAACUGUGGUCCUGGCUGGGUCGGAGAGCGCUGUGAAAAAGCCUGUGGGACAGGCUUGUUUGGAGCUGGCUGUGAGGAGAGUUGUCAGUGUGAGCAUAUAGCCCCCUGUCACCACGUUACUGGGCACUGCCUCUGUCCACCAGGUUGGAGGGGACCCCACUGUGAUAAAGCCUGUUUACCUGGAACCUAUGGCAAGGGCUGUGUGCAACGCUGCACCUGUCCCCAGGGUACUUCCUGUCACCAUGUCUCCGGGGAGUGUGGCUGUCCCCCUGGACUCACUGGCAAUGGCUGUGAACAGACCUGUCUCUCAGGGACACAUGGACUCAACUGUAACCAGGUGUGCCAGUGUUCUGAGACCAACCAGCUCUGCCACCCAGUGACUGGGUUGUGUUACUGCGCACCAGGCUUCCAAGGUCCUAAAUGUAACCAGGAGUGUCAGAAAGGUUGGUAUGGUCCCGACUGUGAGCGAGAGUGCCAGUGUCAGAACAGUGGGAAGUGCAGGUCCACCUCUGGCACCUGUGAAUGCACAGCAGGGUUCAUCGGAGCACACUGCAACAUCACGUGCCCAGCUGGUCGUUAUGGGCAGGACUGUGCCCGCGUGACACUGUGUGGAGAGGGGGCACAGAAUGAUCCUGUCACUGGUAGAUGUUACUGCAGCCCUGGGCGAAGAGGAGAGGACUGUGGACAAGGCUGUGCUCCUGGUUGGUUUGGAGAGGACUGUGCUAUCCUCUGUAACUGCAGUAACGGAGGACUGUGUGACUCUGUCUCUGGAAGCUGUACCUGUGGUCUGGGCUGGACUGGGGCUCACUGUGACACAGAAUGUCCUCCGGGGACAUUUGGAGGUAACUGCCAGCUGAAGUGUGACUGCUGGAACAAUGGCACCUGUGACAGGGUGACUGGAACCUGCCAGUGUGGUCCAGGAUACUACGGACAUCAGUGUGAACAUGCGUGCCCCCCUGGUCUCCAUGGCCCUCUGUGCCAACUCCAGUGUACCUGUCUGAACAAGGCGUCCUGCAACCCCUCCACUGGGUUCUGUAUCUGUCCUCCAGGGUACCAUGGCUCCCGUUGUCACAGAGAGUGUCAACAGGGCACGUUUGGUGUGAACUGUGCCAAGUCAUGUGACUGUGAGGAGGGCACGCCCUGUGACCCUGUGAGUGGCAGGUGUCUGUGCACCUCAGGCAAGACUGGACCCAGGUGUGACACUGCCUGCAAAGCAAACCGCUAUGGGCCAGACUGCACAGAGAGCUGUGUGUGUUACAACGCGGCUCACUGUGACCAUCGGAACGGCCGCUGCACAUGUCUCAACAGCUGGAUCGGACUCACCUGUCAGGAAGGUGGGCCUCCACGCCUCCCCUACAGAAGCAGGAGGGAGGAUAACGCACAUCUAGACAAUGCGUUAUAGCGCACCCUUUUGGUCGGAGCCUCCAAUCGCCAAUGAGCCUCCGACUGUAAGAGGCUGGGGCAGCAGCACAAGCUUCGCUGAAGCCGAACUGAAUUAAAAGGUUGGAUAUUAUUAUUUCAGACAUACUCACCUCAACGGGACAGAAUACUGCUGCACCCACAGGAGCUGGAUGACAGACAUGGAGAAAUGGACUCUAAGGAGAAAUGUUCUCAGUGUUUGCUCUCGGGUGGUUAAUGCUUUGGUGUGUGUGUAUGCUGUGAACUGUGCAGGGCUUUCAUUGUUUGUGUUCAUGUGCAUACUGUAUACAUGUGCAUCUCCCACUCAGGCAUCAGUGAUGAGGUACGGUAUGUUGUGACCCCCUUUCUGGUAGUUAGAGGGCGGCCAGUGUUUACCAGGACUUGGAGCUCUAUUCAUUGUGUGUCGCUGAAGCGUUCGAUUUAAAGGUAAUGACCUAUUGGCCGGCAUCUGCAGCGUUUACCUUGCAUGCAGUGUCUGCUAAAGCAGGAACAUUGCCUUUAAAUUCAAAUCAAGCUAUAAUGCUGAAUUUCCGCGAUACGGAUUGAAUAGAGCCCGUGUUGUAGAGAGAGGCUGAAUAGAUCUCCCCACUCCAGCCUCCUCUGCACACUCCCCCCCUGGACAAACCACGCGGGAUAAAGAUGUGUUUGGCGACAGUUGCUGAACGUCCAACGCUAACACUAAUUUUUUAUUUCAGAGAUUCACCGACUCACUAUUGUACUUGAUAUUUGUUUUGUAUACUAUGCAAUGCUAUACUAUUGUAUGUAUUUGUUUUGUAUACUAUGCAAUGCUAUACUAUUGUAUGUAUUUGUUGUGUAUACUAUGCAAUGCUAUACUAUUGUAUGUAUUUGUUGUGUAUACUAUGCAAUGCUAUACUAUUGUAUGUAUUUGUUGUGUAUACUAUGCAAUGCUAUACUAUUGUAUGUAUUUGUUGUGUAUACUAUGCAAUGCUAUACUAUUGUAUGUAUUUGUUUUGUAUACUGGGCAAUUCUGUAGUGUUUUAUGCUUUGGUUGUCGUCAUUUACCCCAGAAAUGUUCAUGGAAUAUGUGGAUAAACAGUAUACAUGUGGCAUUAUUAUACAAAUCCCAUCACUUCUACAUCAUAUACUGUAAAUGAUUCAUUAUUUGAAUCUGUCCUUAUGAAUGAGCCAUCAGAGCCAACAUAACCCAAGUAUCUAUGCUUUUGGAAAGUAGUGAGGUGAAUCCUAUCAGACAAUGCAAAGUGAUUUGAGCACCUGAAAAAGCGCUUUCAAUGAUAUUUCCAAUCCAGUAUAAUAUUGUGAUGUCUAAUUGCAGUAAAUAGCAUAAAGUUAUGUUUGAUAUUCUGUACUUUAUAUGAAGCGACUUGUUAUAAGAAUGUUGGUGCUAUGGCGCUUUAAUUCAAUAUAUGUUGACCAGAAGACAGUAUAUUAUCUACAUAUUGGUCAGUACAUUUUUGUUUACCAAAGUACGUUUGCGUGGGUGAUUCUGAUUCAUAUCCUCAAAGUUUAGAGUUCACCCCAUUGGAUUGCACAAUGAUUCAGGAGACACAAUAUAACUUGAGCAGACAGUGGGCUCAGCCCAGUCAUGGUAAACAGUACCUUUUUGUUUUUUGUGUAUAAAGUGCUCUUUACAUAUAUUUAUAUUUUAUACAGUAUAUUGUAUACAGUUCAAGAUAAUGCAAUAGGUAAGUGUAUUCUGUCUAUGACUGGAGUCAAGAGGAUUUUCUAAUCGGGACACCUAGUAAAUAACCCAUAAAAUAUCAAACACAAUCAAUGAAUGAAAAAGUCAAACACAGGGAACUGUUUUUACAUUCUUAUUUUUUCAUUAUCAUUUCAUUAAAGACGAAGCUGUACAUCUGAUCUAAAUGCAGAUUGAAGCACAGUGCAGUUAGCAAUGCCUGCAAAUGAAAAGGCAGAGGUGACCACAACCAUAAAUAUAAAGGUCAAACUAUGUACAUACAGGAGAUGACUAGUUAGGGCAUCAUCACUGAGAGAAGGUAGUCUGCCAUUGCAUUCAUUUGAGAGCAUUCUGCACAAUAUACACAAUACAAAUAAAUUGCUUAUUUUAUCUUUACACUGAUACAAUAUUAAGAGGAAAAUGCAGCAUGUUGAAAAUGAAAAUAAAAAGACACUUUUAUUCUCCCUCUUCUGCUUCUUC